CAUACUUAAGUGUCUCUCUGACCAGUCACCAUAGCCUGCUUUACUACUACUUUCUCUCGCGAACGAACUGGGAGAUCGGUUUUCCUUCGAAAUUUUGCCAAACCACAACAUGGAGCUGUGCCCUUGCGUAAAAAAUAUCCUUCUACUGGAUUUUGAAGGGAAGCGUGUGGCUGCCAAGUAUUUUUGUGAUGACUGGCCAACCAAUGGUGCCAAAGAAGCUUUUGAGAAAGCUGUGUUUAACAAGACUCAAAAGACUAAUGCACGCUCGGAAGUUGAGGUAACAAUGCUUGAGAACAACAUUGUUGUUUACAAGUUUGUUCAAGAUCUACACUUUUUUGUUACUGGAGGUGAAGAAGAAAAUGAGGUCAUCUUAGCCACAGUCCUUCAAGGGUUCUUUGAUGCAGUUGGCCUUCUCCUUAGAGGCAAUGUGGAGAAAAGAGAGGCACUUGAGUAUCUAGAUCUCAUCCUGCUGUGCAUUGAUGAAAUUGUUGAUGGCGGUAUUAUUUUGGAAACCGAUGCAAAUGUCAUUGUGGGGAAGGUUGCAAGUCAUAGUACAGUUGCUGAAGGAUUGUCUGAGCAGACAUUCUCACAAGCACUGGCAACUGCACGGGAACAUCUAGCAAGGUCCCUUCUUAAGUGAUAAUUGCACCAGGCAAAAGGAGAGGAAAAUUGAGGGUUCUUCUGUGUAUAUAUUUACUUGCUUUGUAAGCACCAGUUUCUCUAGAUAGUCCCUCCUUGAUAUAAUCAACUCAAUGGGCUUCCAUAAGCUCGUCUGACUUGAUCAUAUUUUGGUUUGUGUUGCUCAGACCUCUGUUUGGUCGAAACUAUUCAAAGAAGGUAUAAUUUAGGCAAAGAGGAGCUUUUAAAUUA